AUGCAUCAAUUUAAUAAACUUUCUGCAUUGGAUAGUCUCUUCGAUGAAAAUGACAACAUUUCAAACUUAAAAUUAUCACCAUCAACAUCUUUACUUUCCAAAGAAAACAAUCUUGGAGCCGACAAUAACAAGCUGCAUGUAGCUAAUGGUUUAACCUCAUAUGUCAAUAAGAAGAAAAAAUUAUCUUUUUUUAAUUUUGAUAGAAAUGAAAAGAAAAAAGUUAAGGAAGAUGUUAUGAGAACUCUUACAAAGAGAAAUACAGAGACCAAAAAGAAGUGGUUGGGUUUGAUUGAACAAACCUCAAUAAGAAAGGCAUUAACAAAUGGUAGCCAUUCAUCAAAGAAACACAUCGAUAUUCCAUAUAGAACAAAUUCAACCAGAGAUUCAUUUCGGCAAUUUUUUGAUAAUUUCAAAGACACCUCAACAAAAAGUUCUUUAACUUCAAAGGGUACACAUAUUAUGCCAAUUGGUGCUAAUACCCCAAAUAAUUUAGAGAAUUUAGAUGGUGACGAGACAACGGAUAAUACAUUUAGAGAUGCAUUAGAUUAUAAAUUGCAAGUUUCGCCACAAUUAGCAAACAUUAGAGAUACGGAACAUGGCUUAUUCCAUAUCAAUAAUGAGCAAUAUAUAAGUAGUACUGACAGUGAAGAAAGAAGAGUCGAAAACAGAGGUAAAUUAGAUUUAACUUUUGGAAUGAGAAAUAAAAUCUCUGACCCAAAAGAAGACCCCCAUUUUAACGAUGCAAAUAAAGCAGACAACGAAGAUACAGAACAAUUUCAAGAGUCUUUACUCAGAAGUUCUAUAAUCUCAAACUCUCCGUUAAAAAGUCAAUUGAUUGAGAUGGAUACCAGAGAUCCAUAUAAGUUUGUUUUUGAGACUCCGAAUAAAUAUUGUCCAGAUUCUGAUUUUAUUGAUAGAGAACAAAUAAUGAAUAAUUUAAAAGCGGUUUGGAGUUUAUUAUCAAUCGAAAAUGAUAGAGAAAGUUGUACUUUAAUUUCUGCAAUUGAUAUCCAAGAAUUAAGUGAGUUAUUAAUAAAUUCAGCAAUAACAAAACUAGAUUAUCAAGAGAAAAAAAUUAACGAUCUAAAGGCAGAAAUCAUUAAAAAAGAAAGUAAACAAAAAAAUAAAGUCAUUCCAGAAGAGACAUUCAACGAAUUAAAAGAAAGAAUGUCUAAAGAAGAAGCCAAAACUCAAAGGUUAGAGCUUGAAAGACAACUAGACAAAAAUAAAAUAGAUCAAUUAACAUCGAAUUUGCGUAGGUUAAAACUUCAAGAACAAGCUAAAAGUGAAGCGAUGAAUCAUAUAACUGCUACAAGAAACCAAAAAACGAAACUAAAUGAAGAAAAAAUAAGAGAACUUAAGAAGCUUUUGAAAACUUUAUCAUUUUUCAAAGAUAUAUCUAUACAAUUUAUGAAGAAUUUAUCGCAAAGAUCGAAGAAUGUAUUACCAUAUCAAACAAAUAAAAUAUUUGACGAUAAACUUGAAUUAAUGAAUUACAAUAUUUCUUUUGACCACGAACUUGUAAAUGAUUUCCAUCAUGAUAAAGAUUUUGAAAAAUCAAAGUCAUUGAUAAGUCAAUUUUUUUCAGAAAAUACAAAUAUACAUUUGUCUAAUGUACUUCUCGUUAGAUACGGUCAAUUAUUUAGAUCAAAUAAGUUUUUAACCCAACAACUUGCAGAGUUCAGAAACCAAGCUCAGUUGAAAUUCUUACCUCAGGGUUUAGUUGAGAAUGAUGAACUACAGGAUCACAAACAGUUUAAAACCCAGAGGCGAAGCAUCUCAACACUUCAUGAACAAAAUAAUAUCUUCGGAAACCAGCAGAUUGUAGCAAGGUAUUAA